CCCAACUUAAUCUAACCCAACCUAACCUAACCCAACUUAACCUAACUCGACCUAACCUAACCUGGGCAUCACAAUGGAGUAUAAUCACUGCAGACGACGACCUGACCCACUAGUGAUGUAAUAUCUGUUGUGUGGAAUGUUAAGAAUAAAGCCUUUAAAGUGAUCAAGAUGGGACUGAAGAUGUUAACGAGGAGCUUCCGCCUUAAUACGUCCUUAAUAUCUCGGUUCCUUGCUACUGCAACCCCAAAGGAAGAUGCCAAUAUUGGUCAUGUUGCCAGUGAUGAGGGAGCCGGCAAGCACCUCAAGAUCACUGCACGUCACACACGUCUUCCUGUAGUGGCCAAGGCAGUUGUAACAGACAUGGGAAUGGAAUCUUCAACAGUACGUUCGGUCACACUCAGAGUAGAAAACCCAAACUUCACUUUCAAGGCUGGACAAUGGAUAGACAUGUUCAUCCCCGGCAUGGAGACGGUGGGAGGCUUCUCCAUGUACUCUUGUCCAACACAUCUGGCGGAGACAGGAACCUUACAACUGGGCAUUAAGUUCUCCAGAUGGCCUCCUGCAUUCUGGGUUCACGAUCAGUGCAAGGUAGGAUCAGAGGUUAAAAUCCGGGCAGGGGGAGACUUCUACUCACGCCCAGAAUCGGCGACGAGUCCUACGACCUCCUCCGUGGGCGGGGCGUAGGCGUCAACCAAGGCUCCAUGUUCCUCCACGCCAACAGCCUCCACCAGAUUCACGAGGAAAACAAAGAAGAAUAUCGUCCGGGGAGAAUUCUACUUUUAUAUUCGGCUCGAUUAUAAUGAAUUACUCUAUAAGGCCUUGUUAGACACCAUCUCAGUGAAGACUCCAGAGACCGAGGUGCGUUACUUCACAACUAGAGAACCUCCGCCAGAUUCAUCACUCGUCACCUACGGCCACAUAACACACGAAGUUCUCAAGUCAUCUGUGGCGUCUCUGGAUGUGUCGUCACUGAAAACUUUCAUCUGUGGACCACCGCCCAUGAUUGAAAACAUCAACAAACAUCUCUUAGCUUGUGGUUUAUUACAACAUCAAAUACUGUAUGAAAAAUGGUGGUAGAUAACUUGUAUUAUAACUAUAUUGUAUUUUUUUGUAACGUGUUGGUUUGAAAAUAAAUAAUUGGGUAUUGUAUAAUUCUUUCUGGCAUAAUAUGGUAGACUUACAGCUGUCCAUAAUAAACCUCAAGGUGUUCUGUAAAGACCAUGAGAGAGAAAAAUUUUAAUGUCUUAUAGAAACUUACUGAGUGUUUCUAAAGUCGUGCAAUCUUCUUCUUCUACUACUACUUCUUAUUCUUCUUCUCCUCCUCUCUUUCUUCUUCUUUACUAGAAACAUAUCUAUCCACUGAAUAAAGAUACCAGUAGAAAUUGAACAUGACACACACACACAUUUUUCAAAGCACGUGAUGAUAUAUAUAUUCACUGAAACUAUGUAAUGUGACAAUAGUAAAUCUGGUUUUGGUCAUCUACUGAAUUUUCAUUACUCAAAUUUAUAUAGAAAGGGUUGCAUAAUUUUAGAAACACCCCAUAUUGUUAUAUUAACCCCUUGUGUAUAGGGUUCCCUCUGAGCUGAAUAAAAUCAUCUGGUGUAAUCCAAAUGAAAUAUUAAAAGUGGCAUCCCUAUACUGAAGGGGUUAAUGAAGUGUAGAUAGAUAUUGGGAAUAGAAAACCAACGUGAUUAUCGACCAAGGAUUUUGUCCGACGCACUGACCCCAAUGACAAAACUCAGGAACAUUAAAUCCUACAGACCUGUGAUACUACUGUUCUUUAUUUUUCCUUAAAACUGUCUGAAGAAUACCAGAUGGUUUAGCUAUGACAGACUUCACAACGUGGUACUGCCUAUAAUUUUUAUAGUAACAUCUAAAAUGCCUGAUUCCUGGCAACCUGCUUUCUAGGUAACAAAAAUGGUUUGUAAAUAACAUACAGUACCUGCCAAGUUUCAUAAAAAAUAAAGGGCCUUAUUGCACAAAUUAUAAGCCCUAUGGUGUGAGUGACCUACAAAAAAACGUGUAGUUACUGUAGAUGUCACCCUCACCGCUGAUGAAUAUGAUGUAUUUCUUUGUGUAUGAACCUCUGUCCUGCGUGGCAGUGAGAAGUGAUACCACCCUCAGUGUCAAGACCUGACUGAAUUACUCGGAAUAGGCAAACUGUACUACAAGCUUUGUCAAUAAAUUUGUUAAACUAAAAAAAAAAUCAACACUUAUUGAAGGGGCUGUUAUUAUCUUAUAAAUGAACAAUUGAAAACAGAGUAUCAUCAUAUAUUGUUAAUUUGUUGCCAUUGUUUGUGAUGUGUAAAUCGUGUUUUUAAGCAUAUGAAUACAGUAUACUGUAUAUUGAUUAGUGUCAAUUAGUUAUGAUGUGCUGGGUGUUAGAGAGAUGUGUUAUAAGUGCUGCUUACUUGUAUCAUGUAGACAAAGUGUUUUAUGUUCAUAUUUUAUAACUUUUCCUCAAUGUUGUGUCAAUAGUUGAUGAUCUGUUCCUAAAAAGUGAGCCAUUUAAAUCUGUACUUAAUUUCAUAAUGCCCUCAGAUAAUUUCCCAUAAUUUUAAUAGGAAAUCUUCAAUUAACAGCCGUUGUCUUAACGAGCCUUACCGUCACAUAUACUGGAGUGUGUUUACCAUCAUAUCACUGUCCCAGACAAGUAGAGUCCUCUCUUGACAGGAAGCUAACCCCUUAACACUGAUCCAUCCAUCAUGCCUUGAUUGUCUGUUUUCAGGUCCAGUAUUUAGCAUUGACACAGGAUGUAAUGUACAACUUGAUUUUUUUUUUCCAGUGGGGAGGACUGAGGUAGGCUGGGGCUAGAGAUACUAUAUGAUUGCAUUUGUUCUUGAUUCUACCUAAUAUUUAUUACCCUUUGUCGGACCACUAAGAUAAACCAGUAAAAUCUUGAUCGUUUUUUCAUGGUUAUAAAGGAUAUACAAUAAGCAGUCCUGCUCCUAUUGUAUAUAAUUAUUUUUGGUCAAGAUACCAAAUAUUUUUCCAGAUUUAAAUAAGGCUUUAAAUACGUAUUGGGGUUAGUUGUAUUAUUUAUAUUGAGUGUGGUAAUUUUCACUACAAUUAUGAAGAGGGUUUUGUGUACCGUCACAAUACACUAUUAAAGAUGUGUUUACAA